AGAAAUUUGAUUGGAUUAAUUCAAUAUUGAAUCUGGAACACAAGUUUAUAAUAAAUAAUGCAGUUCUAUGUCAUUAGUUAUUGCACUGAACAAAAAGCAUAAUGACAAUAACACUAACAUAACUAAUCUGCCUUACUCAGAUUAUCACCUUCUUGGAAUAAAAAUGCUACCUUUUUUCUUUAGUGGAAUAACACAUCAAGAAAACAACCCACUAAACAUCAGUCAUAUGUGAUCCAAACCCCAAACAUAAAGGAAAUAUAGUCACUGGCAAAUGGCAAUCAUCCUCUUCUCCACUGUUAUAAGAAGGCCAUUUUCAAGAAUCAGACAACACUGACAUACACACACAUUCUUGUCUGAAAUGGAUGAGGAAAAACACCAACUUGUGGGAAAGCAAAAUGGAGUAGGGGACAAGCUGCAGCUUACAGUGGAUGAGGUGGUGGAGGAAUACGUGGGAUCGUUCGGAUUCUCACAGCUUGUGCAGGUCACUUUGGUGUCCAUCGCUCGGAUAUUUGAUUCACACUGCACCCUUGUCACCAUUUUCACAGAUGCUCAGCCGCAGUCGUGGCGUUGCAUUGGCCACAAAUGCAGUGGCACGACGGCUGCUUCUGUUUGUGGGAUGAAGCCCGGGACUUGGGAGUGGAGUGGUGGCAAUACAAGCUCCACCAUUGCUGAAUGGGGGCUGGUGUGUGACCGUAGAUUUCUCGCUGCUCUGCCUACUUCGGUUUACUUCCUCGGUUCCCUGAUAGGCUCUGCAGUGUUCGGCCGCCUGGCGGAUGGACACUUAGGCCGGAAAAGAGCAGUGCUUGCUUCAUGUCUCCUAACAGCUGCUACCAUUUUCCUGACUUCCUUCUCCCCAAACAUAUGGGUUUACUCUCUUCUCCGUUUUGCAAAUGGGUUUUCCCGAGCAGGCAUCGGGAUAUGCUGCUUGGUGCUCUCGACAGAGACCAUUGGUCGGAAAUGGCGCGGCCAAGUUGGCCAGUUUGGAUUUUUCUUCUUUGCAGCAGGGUUUCUGUCGAUCCCCUUGAUUGCUUAUCCGACCAGAAAUUGUUGGAGAACUUUGUACAGGAUAAUUUCAAUCCUUCCACUUUUUUACUCGAUCUUCAUACUAACACCCUUUGUAGCAGAGUCUCCGAGGUGGCUACUCGUGAGGGGAAGAAGCGAAGAAGCUCUUGAUGUGUUGAGAAGAUAUGCAGGAAUGAAUGGAAGAGAGUUGCCUCCGAAUCUGUGCCUCCUGAAGCCAACGUCUACUAAUGAGACAAUGACUUCGUGCAAAGGAGAAAAUAACGCCUCGCCUAUUGAGAGACUGUGGAAUACUAGAUGGGCUGUGAGAAGGAUGACAAUGGUUAUGCUCACGGGUUUUGGGAUUGGUUUUGUAUACUAUGGUGUUCAACUCAAUGUUGAAAACCUUAAUUUCAACCUCUACCUUACUGUUGUCAUAAACGCGAUGAUGGAGAUCCCAGCUGUUUUCAUAGGCAGUGUGCUGCUCGCCUGUACAAACCGCCGCAUGCUCUUCUCCACGUCAGCUUUUCUAACUGGAAUUUCCUGCAUCCUCUGCAUGUUUUUCUCAAGAACAGGAGACAAGGGAAAAAGAGGAAGCUUACCUCAACUGAUGAUCGAGGCAACUGGUUUCAUGGCAGCUUCGACUGCAUUCGAUGUGCUGUAUAUCUACUGCGUAGAGCUAUUCCCUACAAACGUGAGGAACUUCUGUGUUUCCAUGCUGAGGCAGUCAUUGAUGCUGGGGGCAUCGAUUUCUCCUCUGCUGGUUGUGUUUGGGAGAUCAAGCCCAUCUCUCUCUUUCCUCGUAUUCGGGGUGCUGUCCAUAAUCAGUGGCUUUUUGAGCUUGUGGCUGCCUGAAACCAGAAAUUGCCCUCUCUAUGAAACUCUGGAGCAACAAGAAGAGGAGGAAAUGUUAGGAUCUGAGUCUAUGGCACUGGGAAAGAAGGUGCAAAUGUAAAUGUGUAUAACUGCACCAUA